AUGCCCGAGCUACAACUCUUAUCUUUGGCCUUCGCUCCCAGCCAAGGCUGGCUGCAGCGGGAGGAUUUGGACCUCCGAUUCGGCGCCGCGGUGUGGCACCGUGCGCUCCGCUUGGACCUUGUGGCGCGCCUGCGGUCGGGCGGGGCGCUUCCCGUUUUCGCGUGGACGGUGGACUCGGACGUUGGCAUCAGCGCGAUGUUGGCUGCCGGUGUGGAUGGGAUCAUCACCAACCGCCCGGACCGCGCCUUGGCGCUGGCGACCGGAGAUGUCACCUUGCGGCGCGGGUGCUGCCGGCGGGCGAAGCGCGCCUAG